UGGUCAGUUCUCAUCAAAACAUAAUUCAAUUUUAUGGAGUUACGAAAUUAAAAGAUGAAAUGAAUUAUUCGCUUGUUCUUGAAUAUGCAGAUGGUGGAACAUUAAGAAAUUAUUUAAGGAAUACUAUAACUUUUGAAUGGGACAUCCAAUUAAGAUUUUCUAAAGAAAUUGCGAGUGCGGUUUCGUGGUUACAUGAUUAUAAGGAAAUCAUACACGGAGAUCUUCAUCCAAAUAAUAUCUUAAUACAUAAAGAUACAAUAAAAUUAGCAGAUUUUGGACGUUCAUGUCAAAAAGGAUCAUCUAAUCAUACCGAAGCAGUGUGUGGUGUAAUACCUUAUAUGGAUCCUAAAUUUUUUGAAGAAAAUCAUUCAUAUCGCUUAACCGAAAAAUCAGAUAUAUAUGGUUUAGGAGUAUUAUUUUGGGAACUAACAAGUCGUUUAUCACCAUUUGAUUUUGAAAAUAAAAAUAAACUUGAAAUUAUUCAAAUCAAGCAAGAUAUUCUUAAUGGUAAAAGAGAAAUUCCUAUUCCAAACACAAAUGAUAAAUUCGUUUCUCUUUAUAAAGAAUGUUGGCGGCACAAUCUAGAUGAAAGACCAUCUAUUUGCAAAGUAAUUGAAGUACUCGAUAGUAUUAAUCCAAUUGAUCUUAUUGAUCCCAAAAACAAUAAUGUAUCAACUGAUCUUAAUUCUAACGAAAGUGAGUCAACAGAAAAUGAAGAUUCUGACUUGCCAAGUUGUGAUGAAUAUGACAUAAAUUCCGAUAGAUAUAAUAUAUAGAUAAAUUUCAUAUCAUUUCUUUUUUUUUUUUAUUCUUCGGACGAAGUUUUUCGUGUUU